AAGUCACUUUCCCUACCGCUAGAGCGCUGGCAGACGCUUAACGCGAAAACCCCGAGAAAUAACUGCCCAUGAAGGCCUCGAUGUCAUGGCUGCUUCUAGCGGCCACAAACCUGUUGCUUCCUGUCGGGCUACUACUGUUUGCAAAGGGGUUCUUCCCCUAUAAGCCCUUCCUCCCAGGGCUCGCGGAAUUCGAUGGCAGGGUGAGCAGUGUGCCGAAGAUAUUUGACAAGGUUGUUUUCAUGGUUGUUGAUGCGUUAAGGAGGUAUACUACCUAAAUCAAGCUCCACUAUCUCAAAACUAGAGCUAAUAUGUGCCUUGCUGCUGCCAGUGACUUUGUCUUCUCGGAGGAGUCUGGCUUUGGAUUUACGCAGAGGUAUGGCGCACUCUCGAGAGCUUAUGCUUGUUUAAGCUUCCAUGGGGCAUGGGGGAUGACGUUCAGCUAGUUUGAUAUCUUCCGGCUCUGCAAUUCCCUUUACGGCACACGCUACUUCACCGACUAUCACUAUGCCUCGCGUGAAGGGGCUCACCACCGGUUCGGUCCCUGGCUUCUUGGACGUAAUACUCAACUUUGCCGAGUCCGACUCCGCCGUUACUUUAGCGUCUCAAGACAACUGGUUAGCGCAGAUUGUGAAUCGUAAGGGCAAGUUGGUCAUGUACGGCGACGACACUUGGGCCAAGCUCUUCCCCGGCAUGUUCAUCAGGUCGGAUCCCACGUCCAGCUUCUUCGUGUCAGAUUUCACCGAGGUGGACAACAACGUUACGAGGCACAUUGAUGAUGAGCUACAGAGGGAUGACUGGGAGGGUAUGAUUAUGCAUUAUCUUGGGGUAGAUCACAUUGGACACAAAGCGGGGCCCAAAAGCCCGAACAUGAUCCCCAAGCAACGAGAGAUGGAUGGAAUAGUCAAGGGAAUAUUUACCGCUAUCGAGGAAAAGGAGCACUUGAAGGAUACUCUGUUCGUGUUGGCUGGCGAUCAUGGAAUGAAUGAUGCAGGGAAUCAUGGUGGCUCCGGGCUCGGUGAAACGUCGCCGGCUCUGGUUUUCAUGUCGCCAAAGUUCAAGAAGAGCUUUAGUGGGACGAAAUGCCCGGCUGAGUUCAGGGAGGAAUUCGAUUACUAUACAACCGUAGAGCAGAAUGAUGUUGUGCCCUCAUUGGCAGGCUUAUUGGGGUUCCCGGUCCCGAGAAACAACUUGGGGGUUUUUAUACCUUCUCUUCUGCACAUGUGGGAUGGUAUGUUAGGCGCCCGAGGAAUGCCCAAGUUAGUGGGAAAGUAUCGGGGUACGAUAAAAGUUCUGGAUCAGUAAUACAAGUAUUCAUGACACUUCCAAUCUAUCCCGGUUCUUUCCCCAACAACCUAUGCGAUCGAAGAAAAUACUGACACGCCUAGAGUGGAGGACAGGAUAUCACUCGCAUUGGCAAAUGCUAAGCAGUUACUCACUAUUGUCAAGGCUGCCCACACAGACUUUGAUAGCCGGAGCGUCAGCCACGCCGAUUGCAAGGGCGUCGGAGAUGAUGUGGAUGAAUUGGCUUGUCUCUGGAGCAAAUCAGUUUUCUCCCAGCAUCUCACCGAAGGGAAGGGAAACCCAGAAGCCGCUUUGGCCUCACUCCUGAAGGUACGAUAAUACCCCAUCUCUCACACGAGUGCAUCUGCUCAUAAACCGGAAGUUCUCUGCCAAAUGUCAAGACGUCCUCUCUUCAGCUUCGAGCAAUUACGACAUCACCCUGAUGGUCACAGGCAUUGCAUUCGUCCUGCUCGGGUUCCUAUGUUCGUUGAUCGGUCUUUUCCCGAUUCUGGAAAAGCCCUGUCUUGCCAACGUGAUGUUUUUCGUAUUGACGGCGGCCUACGCCGUUAUGAUGUUUGCCAGUAGUUAUGUUGAAGAGGAGCACAAUUUUUGGUACUGGGCAGCAUCGGGAUGGUUCUUCCUUUUGUUCUUGAAAGCGUAUGUACUUGUGCUCUCCCCGGACAGUGACCAAAGCUUACGAAAACUGAAUAGCCAGCGAACAAGCAAUAGCGAUGCAUUCCGCAUAUUCCUCAUAAUUCCAAUGCUCAGGAUCGCCCGCCGCUGGAAUCAAACGGGUCAAAAACACGCUGGGGCGCCAGACAUUACCAAAGGCUUUCUAUCGGAGAACAUAAAUUUGCUCUGGCUCCUUGUGUUAUUCACGUAUACCGAUAUAUUCAGCCGUAUCGUCAGGAACACCUUCCGGAAUAUCCCUGGACGAGCCGCUGGGUUCAUAUUUGGAAUCUUAACCAUCGGCGCAGCACUCACGUUCAAGCUUUGUUUCGCGGCGCAGGACACACCGGACUUGAUAGCUAACUGGCUAAAGCCUUUAGCAUUGUAUACCGAAGAACUAGAUAUGUCACUAAUAAGCCUCGCCCGAACGACCUUCAUAUCCCUCAGCACAAUAAUCCUCUACACAAUUCUCUUCGAAACCCGAAAGAAGGGUCCGGACGGUAACCCGCCCCCCCCCGUAUAUACCAAACAGUCGCUAACACAUCUCCCCUCCUUAGCGACCCACACAAUUUCAACAACCCUUCUAACCCUCCUCCCAAUCUUCCUAGCCACCCAAACCAAACUCCUAAACAUCCCCCUCCUCCACCUCCUAACACUGGCAAUCCGCCUCCUCUCCUCCUCCUCCCUAACAUCCACAGACCUAACUCUCUCGGCCCUGAUCCUCUCCCAUUUCACAUUCUUCGCCUACGGUGGCGCAAACGCCAUUUCCUCAGUAGACCUAUCAAACUCGUACAACGGCGUAUCCGGCUACUCCAUCGCGAUUGUAGCCUUCCUGACCUUUGUAUCGAACUGGAUAGGCCCCAUAUACUGCAGCUCCGCCGCUACAGUCGCCAUCACGACUACCGCGCGCAAGCGCGAAGAUGGUGUGGGGCUGAGGCGGCAUCUGAUGCUUCUCAGUCUCUUCUGCUGCGUUGCGACGGGCGCUGUCAUGUUGGCUUGUACAGUGCUGAGGACACACCUGUUCAUCUGGACCGUGUUCUCACCAAAGUAUUUGUUUGCCAUGGCUUGGGUUGUUUGGCACUUGGGUGUUAAUUUGCUGCUGGGCGGGGUGCUGGUUUUGGUGGGGAGGGUGGGGUUGGAGUAGGCGGGGUUCAACAUCAUGAUAUGCUCGCAGGGAUCGGGGAGGUAUUGAUAUAUUAGAGGGCGUUAGAUUAAUUUUGUUAUGCUUUUGUUUUUAUGUCAGACUUAGAGUGAUAGGGGAUGAUGUAUUGAUUAAUUGAUCGCUCUAGAAUAAUAAUAUGGGGCUCCAGUUAGCGCCUCUGAAUUACCAGGGGGUCAAACUCCGUUGCAUUAGGCUACACCCCACCUUCGUUGUAUGAUACUGUAU